AUGGGAAGCGUGCAGCUGCAGGACUUCGUGGCGGGCUUGGUGGGCGGAGUUGCCAGUGUGGUUGCAGGCCAUCCCCUGGACACAGUCAAGACUCGUUUGCAAGCUGGACAAGGAUAUGGAAAUACACUCAAGUGUGUUAUCACUGUGUACAGAAAUGAGUCUCUGGCUGGCUUCUUCAAGGGCAUGUCCUUCCCACUGGCCAGCAUCGGCAUCUACAGCUCAGUGGUGUUCGGAGUCUUCAGCAACACGCAGCGGCUCCUGAGCCAGCUCCGCCACGGGGACCCGGCCGGCUCGCCCUCGCUCACUGACAUGACUCUGGCCAGCAUCGUGGCAGGGGUCAUCUCUGUGGGCAUUGGCACUCCCGUGGAUCUGGUCAAGAUACGGCUACAGAUGCAAACACAGCCAUACAACAAAGCAAACGUUAAACUAAAUUCCACAGUUCCUGGAUCUCAUGUGUACCGAGGCCCAAUUCACUGCUUAAGGACGAUCCUACAGAAAGAGGGGAUAGCAGGAAUAUACCGAGGCAACGUAGCAAUGCUCCUGAGGGAUGUUCCCGGGUACUGCGCCUAUUUCAUCCCAUACGCAAUGUUCUGUGACUGGAUAACUCCUGAUGGAAGCAUUUCUCCUAAUCCCUUCGCUAUCUGGGUGGCAGGGGGUGUAGCAGGAGCUGUUUCCUGGGCAGUAUGUACUCCAAUGGAUGUUGUGAAAAGUAGACUUCAGGCAGAUGGAGUUUAUUUAAACCAGUACAAAGGGAUCCUUGACUGCGUGUUGCAGAGCUACCAGAACGAGGGCUUGAAAGUGUUUUGUAGAGGCCUCAUGGUCAAUACAUUGCGGGGAUUCCCAUCGAGUGCAGCUAUGUUUCUUGGCUAUGAACUUUCUCUCAAAGCAAUGAAAAGAUGCCAAACUGAGACCAGUCCCUAACUUCCAGUGUUGCCAAGAAGACAAGAAAGUCUCCUACUUUCCUGAGCCAGACCAGCAGUGUGGUGUGAGUGAGGGCUCAGCUGCUCUGACCGAAGACUCCCAUCCUGCACCUACAGCAACUGCUGGUCCAUGGAGGACUCCAAAAAUCUCACCAGCUCCAUCAAAUCCAAAAACUAUUUUACUAUCAAAUCUUUCAUCGUUGACUAAGAACACCUUAACAAUUUCGGUGGUGGUGCUGGGCUUCUUCAGCAAUGACAUUUUUCCUAUUGAACCAGGAAGACAAUUUACUUCCCUUUCCCAAGGGAUGUACCCAAACCCAGCCCACCUCAAAUCAUCAAGGGAACAUCUUUUGUACAACACGGCAUUAUAAUACUC